ACUCGUGUGUGAACAGGAGGAGGUCCACAACUAAACUGUAACCCCACUCACCAUUUACAUUCAUUAUCCGUUUUAUACGUAAAGUUGGCCCGGAAAAGGACAAACAGAAAAGGUGCUUGAAAGCUGUUAACGGACGUUAUCUGUCCGUAAUCGGAGGAAGUGAUUGUUCUAGUGGAUAUUUAUGACAGACCCCCUGCCCAUCAACAUGUCAGUCAAGUUGGAUGGGAAGAGGAAGUGGGCAAAAGUGAGGGAUCGCCUCGGCUCCUCCCAGGACUCAGACACCCAGCUGGAGGCCAGCUUGGAUGGUGCCGAUCCAGAGCUGUGUAUCCGCAUGCUCCAGAUGCCCAGCGUGGUCAACUACACUGGGCUGAAGCGUCGCCUGGAAGGCAGCGAGGAAUCCUGGAUGAUCCAGUUCCUGGAGCUGAGUGGGUUGGACCUGCUGCUGGAGGCCCUGGAUAGGUUGUCUGGGAGGGGCUGCUCGCGCAUCGCUGAUGCCCUGCUGCAACUCACCUGUGUCAGCUGUGUCCGGGCCGUUAUGAACUCCUCGGCUGGGAUUCACUUCAUCGUGGAGAAUGAGGGCUACAUCAACAAGCUCUCCCAAGCCUUGGACACAUCCAAUGUCAUGGUCAAGAAGCAGGUGUUUGAGCUGCUUGCUGCCCUAAGCAUCUGGUCCUCUGAUGGGUACCGUCUGGCUCUGGACGCCCUCGACCACUACAAGGGUGUGAAGACCCAGCAGUAUCGCUUUAGUGUGAUAAUGAAUGAGCUGCUGACCACAGACAACGUGCCCUACAUGGUCACCCUCCUUAGUGUCAUCAACGCCAUCAUCUUUGGGACAGACAACCUGAGACAGAGAGAUCUGAUGCGCAAGGAGUUUAUUGGCUUACAGUUACUUGACAUACUGCCCAAAUUGAGGUGA